AUGGAAGCUGAUAGUUUCACUGGAAAAAUUCAGCCUGAAGUUUACUCUUAUACUGAGCAUCUCUAUACAGUAGUGUUCGAAGAGAUCUGCGGGCGUUUUGGAAAGACCUAUACCUGGGAUGUGAAAUCCUUAGUCAUGGGUAAAAAAGCCUUAGAAGGGGCACAGAUUAUUCGAGAUGUUCUAGAUCUUCCAAUAACCAAAGAAGAGUUACUACAUGAAAGUAAAAUGAAACAGGAGAAGAUAUUCCCUACUGCUGAAUUGAUGCCAGGGGUUGAUAAGCUGAUCCGUCAUUUACACAAACACAACAUACCCAUAGCAGUUGCCACCAGCUCAGCCGAAGUGACAUUUCAGAUGAAAACAGCCAGACACAAAGAUUUCUUUGGUCUUUUUCAUCAUAUUGUGUUGGGAGAUGACCCCGAGGUGAAGUGUGGCAAGCCACAGCCUGAUGCAUUUCUAGUUUGUGCAAAGAGAUUUCACCCUCCUGCACCUCCAGAGAAGUGUCUUGUGUUUGAAGAUUCACCACUUGGAGUCAAAGGAGCCCUGGCAGCAGGAGUGCAAGUGGUUAUGAUUCCAGAUGAAAAAUUAAAUCCAGAUCUUAAAAAGGAGGCAUCGCUACUGCUGAACUCCAUGGAGGAUUUCAAACCAGAACUGUUUGGUUUGCCAGCAUAUGAUUAAUGCCUAAUGUCUAUGAACAUGCACUGGACUGGAGAUCAGGAAAGUGGAAUGAAAUUUUGUUAUGGUUUUAUGAUUUUUUUUGCAACUUUUCCUCUCUUCAUCAAAAUGAGAGCACAAAAAUACUGUUAACACCAAGUCUUCCACACAGUACUUUUGAAAGUUGACUGGAAUGUUUAUGAUUUGUCCUCAUGAUAAAUGCUAAAUUAAAGCAGCAUUCCAUAUUGUGAAGUGAAUCCAGCCUUGUUCUCUGUACAUCAUAUAGUUUUCUGGGAAUAUUAUAAAACUAUUUAGAUAAUUUACUGUAACAGCAUUGGAUGCUUCUUGUUCUGUUUCCACUUGAAUGACUUACUGUUCAGAUCUUGACCAGAAAUCUGUUCUGGAUUGGCUUUUAUCCCAUUGCAUUGUUUUUGAUACAGUUAUUGCUAUAAACAUGUUUGUUCAUUUGCUUAUCCUGUACUUGCCCAUCUAUUCCCUUUUGUAUUGUGUUGUAAUUUUUUUGCAGUUAUUUACAGGGGUAAAUAACCGUUGUUGUACUUUCUGUUGUAUUUUGUUUUCUUUUUGGGGGUUGAAUUAGAUGACUUCCAGAGGUCACUUACAACCUCCAUUAUUCUAUAAUUCUGUUUGGCAUGGUGAUCGCCUGCUAGGAGCUAUACAAGGUUAUGUGAUCCUACAGUUUAACCAAAAUACUUUGCAUCUUCCUUCUUUCAUUUCCUCAUAUUCUUCUCAUUUUCCAUGUUGCCAUGUAGCCUUCCUUUUCAUUCUUGUGAAGUUAAUCCAUCCUGUCUUCCUGCUUCAAUUCUGAUAAAGUUAUGGCCUUAACUCCUUUGUAUCCAAAUAGCUUUCUGUAGGCCAUCCUUACUUUUCCCUUCUUGCCUCUUUCUUGAGCCCUUUUUUUGCCAAGUACCCUACGGAGUUUUGCUAUCUAUUUUUAAAAUACAUAAGUCAUAGUUUUGGUUUAUUUAAAUAGUUAAAAUUCAUUUUCCUAGCUACCACAAUUUCCAGAAAAUGUUUAUGUUGUCAUCUGUCCCUCUUACUUCUGUCUGUCUCUGGCAUCUCAUGAGGACAAGGGUCUCUUUAGAAAAUGCUAAACAUGUAGGCAGGUUUUAGUGAGUCCACAAGUACAGGUAUAACACGUUGGAAGCAAUCUCUUUUACUUUGUCUAAGGAAAGCUAUAUUAUGUAGGGAUUAAGACUGCUUUAUAAAAUGAAUGACUGUAUUCAGCAUUUAAAUAACUAAAUUUCUAAUUGAAUGUCCAUGAGGUAGUCCAAAAUCUUGGUAAAAUAUCAAAUUUCAUAAAGACAAGGAGUGUGAAAUACGUCAACUAAGAGAAUUUCUACGUAUUAUGAGAAAACUUCUCUGAUCUCUCUUUUUUUUUUUUUUUCUUAAUAGCAUCUGUUUUUCUAUGAUCUUCCUCACAAAAACCUUUUCUAGGCAUUUCUGGUGUUUAACUUUUUUAGGAUUAAGGUUUUUUCAUUAGGAACAAAAAUUGAUGAAUUAUAGACCCUUCACUGUUCAGGGUCAGUUUCCUUACAUUUUUUGCUUCAUGUAUGUAAAAAACUCCAAACUUUUACAUCUUUUAUGUAGACUGUUAUUAUCUGUUACUGUAGUCUGUUCAUACCUCAAAAAAUUAAGAAAAUGUAUUCCAUAUAGUCAGUCAAGUAUGGCCUAGGUUGUCCAGAAGUUUUUUAGUACUUACAGUAUAGUGGUUUGCAGUUAAAUGCUUUUCAUCUAAGGAUCUGGAAGCACUUAUUUGAAAAAAGGGUAAAUAUGGUUUUAAUGCAGGUAUUUUGCAUAUUACGUUAUUUCUUUAGGCCCAUGGAUAUUGCAGUCAUUAGUGUUUGUAGAAUGACAACAACCCAUCCCAUCCAAUAUGAAUAUAAUUUCUGGUCUUUCCAGACAAGAUAAUGGUAAUAUUGCUGCAUAAUUCCCUCUUUGACUGAUGUUACAUAACAUGAAGUGUUACUGUAGAGCAAUAAUUCUGAGCUUUCAAGUGUAAAACAGGUGCCUGUUAGGAUCCCUUUCGUUCAUAAUUACUGAAUUCCAACAGGGAAGCUACUAGGUAGACCAAGCUUUAAUAAGCUGUAAUUUUUAAGUUUUGCAUAUAUUUAAUUUAACUGGGGAGUUUUUAAAAAAAUAAAAAUAAAGCAUGUCUCAUUUAGUUUACUUUGAAGGAACUGUCAUCAGAGUCUUGAAUUUUCUUUUUGAAGAUGUAGAGACAUUAAUAAAUAUAUCACUGACAAAAUUAGAAUUACUUCAUCAUGACCACCAUGAUGAGAUCAGCAUAUCUUGCAAUUCUGAUUUAAUGGCCUUAUCUUUUGCUGAGAAUUAAGAGUCAGAGAACUAUCACUUCUUAACAGUAAAUCCUACUCUAUACAAUUAUUCUUCCAUGCAUUUAGUAUCCUACCUGACAGAUGUCAUUGCCCAAACUGAAAGCUGUGAACCUGAGGCAUAUAAUAUAACCUUCCCCUCCUUUGAGGAAAAUUCCCUUCCAUGUACUUCACUGCUUGCUGUUGGCCAACUUCCUGGUUCUGUGCUGAACCA